UCAUUGCCCUACUGCAGACGAAAAAAAGCAAGUGCACGCUGCCGCCGCUGUGUCCAUAGACAAAUCGAAGGAGGGAGGAAGUUUGUGAGUGAUCGAUUUUGCACCGGCCUCCCGAAAACGGGCAUUUUCUUUGUUUGCCCGGACGCUUGUAUUGUGCACAAUAAGCUAAACAGUAGCCGCGGUAGUUGUGAUAAAAUGGCGAACACGUUUCGCGCCGUGACGGUCUCAGCCGUCAACAAUGACGGCGCCCUGACGCCGCGUUUCAAUUUUCCUACAAACGUAAACGUGGAUUACGAUCCUCAAGGGUUGAGUGUUAAAGUGAUCCGUGCGGACCCGGUGCUGGCACAGGAGGUCCUGGAGUUCCCGGUGCACAGCCAGAGCGAGUGUUCGCGCGUGGCGGCCCAGAGUUACAUCUUCACGAUAGACAAUGAAACACUGUUCUUCAAAUUCGCAUCGGAUGUCGAUUGCCAGAAUUUCCACCUGCUGGUCAGCAAAAUCAAAGCUGGCCGCUCGUCGUCGGUGUUCACGGUGCGGACGGAAGACUCCUCGGCGCUCCAGUAUUUCCAGUUUUACGGUUACUUGAGCCAGCAGCAAAACAUGAUGCAGGAUUACGUACGGACGAGUACAUAUCAGCGCGCCAUUUUAUCUAAUAUCAACGACUUUAAGAAUAAAGUGGUGUUGGACGUUGGAGCCGGUUCAGGUAUAUUGUCGUUCUUCGCCGCCCAGGCUGGUGCUCGUAAGGUUUACGCAGUGGAAGCCAGUAACAUGGCGCACCACGCGCAAGCUCUAGUUCGCGCGAACGCGCUCCACGACCGGAUCACGGUUGUAGCCGGAAAGAUUGAAGAGAUAGAGCUUCCUGAGACUGUAGAUGUGAUAAUCUCCGAGCCUAUGGGCUAUAUGCUGUACAAUGAACGGAUGUUAGAAACCUAUUUGCAUGCUAAGAAGUGGCUCAAACCGAAUGGAAACAUGUACCCCACUAGAGGCGACUUACACAUAGCACCGUUCACCGAUGACGCUCUCUUCAUGGAACAGUACAAUAAGGCUAACUUCUGGUACCAGACAUGCUUCCACGGGGUAGAUUUAAGUGCUCUCCGGACUGCAGCAAUGAAGGAAUACUUUAGACAGCCUAUUGUAGAUACAUUUGACGUCCGCAUCUGCAUGGCAAGAUCGGUGAGACAUGUAGUUGACUUCCUUAAUGCUAAUGAGACGGAUCUGCAUCGCAUAGAAGUACCAUUCCGAUUUGAAAUGACACAAUCAGGAACAUGCCACGGACUUGCCUUCUGGUUUGAUGUAUUAUUCGCCGGCAGCACACAGCCGAUCUGGCUGUCUACGGCACCGACGGAGCCUCUCACACAUUGGUACCAGGUGCGCUGUCUACUUGAAACUCCGAUUUUCGCGAAACAAGGUCAAGCUUUAACUGGACGAGUGCUGUUACUAGCGAAUAAGCGACAGAGCUACGAUGUGACGAUGGAAAUAAACCUAGAAGGCACAAAUAUCACAUCCUGCAACACAUUAGACUUGAAGAACCCAUACUUCAGGUAUACGGGAGCGCCAGCGGCGCCUCCGCCGGGCGUGAACACCACAUCACCGAGCGAAGCAUAUUGGAGCACUGUAGACACAGGAGCACUCAGCAAUGGUCAGCAAGUCCUGCUAGAAACGCCUGCGUUCGGCGCAGCGCCCGACCUGUCCUACUCUCAGCACCCAAACAUGAUUAAAACAGUGAUGCUGCAGGAGGAGUUCAUCAAGAGGAUUGGGAUCAGUCAGAACGGGGACAUAUAAUCCGCGCGGUUGCGCCGGGCGCGCCUGCGGGCCCUGAGGCGGCGUCGGUUGUGAUCCGGACGCUCUAGUGUGUAAGCGGACUUAUUUAUUUCGAACACAUCACAGUGCGGCCGAGUUGACCUGGAGCUGGUUUUUCUGGGUUUGGUUCGGGAAGACUAUGUUGUAUUUUGCCUUUGUAAUGUAAAUCGUUUAGUUGUUCAGUCUUAUUUGACGAAAACAGAACAAUAACUUAUGCUGAGAUUUUUGGGCCACGUAGGGUCCAAUACUUCCCUGUGAAAUGCCCAAUGUAAAGUAAAAUAAGUUCAUGACUGUACUAAUAAUAUGUCUAAAUCUUAAUAAUAAGUUAAAUUCUUGAUCAAUUCAAUUGAAAAAUGUUUCUUUCAUUUAACUUUGAUAAAGAAUUGUAUAAUUAUCAUCAUAAGCAUGUUAUCAACUAUGAACAGGGUGUUAUUUCAACCCUUAGUCAUAUUUUGGGAGGUGAUAUAGGAAGCUCAUAGCAACUUUUACAAUGGGACAAACCCCGAGAUUGGCAGAUUUACCUCUCAUAAUGCUGCCUAUCAAAUAUGAAAAAAUUAUAUUGAAAACAACCUUGACAUUUAAAACAAUAUAUUUAAAUUCCCACGCACGGAUCCAUGUCUAAGCAUACAAGUGUUUAAUGUAGCAGUUUUCUAUGAGAAUUAAAAAAAUCAUAAUUUUGGGGUUGGUUGGUUCCCGUAGUACAAGUUUCUCGGAUUCACCUAAGUAUAUAUUCACCUAGCAAAAUAUGGCUAAACAUUGAAAAACUCCCCAUAGGCAAAAUUCAACUUAGUCUUUCAUAUUAACAAGUAUACUUUAAACACUGUUAAAGUCUGAGGGCCUACCACGAACCACGUUCGACGUGUUGCCUCCCUCUCACACCUACGUACGAAUUUACAAGUGCGAUAGAGAGGCAACACGCCGAACGAACGCGGUAGGCUCUCUGCUUCUUUAGCAGUUUGUACAUACCCUGUGGGGGGAGGGAAGGGGGGUUUCAGGGCAAGAGGCAGCUCCAGCCUAGAUAAGAUAGUGCAAGUACAUUUAUUAGUGUUACGAGUUAAGCCUAAGCCUUGAAGGCUUGAGAAAUGUUUUAGUUAUGUUGGUUUUCAGAAAAUAGUGUACCAUUUAUUUGUAAUAAUUGACCAAUUUUGGGUCUUUUUUACUCAGAAUGAGGAUUAUCGAUUUAAAAAAUGACCAUGUUUCCA